AUGGUUUCAUCUAUCCGUCGUUCUAGAAUCCAAAGUGAGAUUGAAGAGACGUAUGAUGGGCUACAAGAUGUCAACAAGGAACUUCGAGAAGUUCAGACCGACAUUUACCGUGAGUCUUUUCGGUGGAAUUUGAUUUCGGGGGGCUUGGAAACCUCUGAUCGCCCAGAGUACUGGGCCGACCCGUCCGGGCGUGAUAUUUGGGGUCUCAUGCGGGACGGGCGGGGGCUCGAAGAAUGGGGAUUUGGGCUUCACCUCGACGACCUUGUCAGAUUAAGAGUGCGUGUACGGACAAAGCUCAAGGACCUAGGCGACUUCAGAAAGGAACUUGAAGACUUUCAGCACGAGUACAGGCUGAUUAUCAACAAGCUAUAUCGACUUUCAGGCCCAGGAUUACGCAAUAUAUUAGACAUGCCAGAGGAAAUUCUUUACCAUAUUUUUGAGUUAGUCGAAGGAUUCUCGUGGCAGUAUCCCGAUUUCUGGCAUUUUCCUUCUGGAGAUAUAAAAAACUGUCGACUCACCUGUCAGGCGUUUAAUUGCGUCAGUUCUCGGUUCUUCCUCCGUUCCGUGUCCGUGGAGUUGAAUGCUUCGUCUCUUUCAAAGUUCAAUGAGAUAUCCAACCACCCGACCAUCAGCAAGGGGAUACAAUUCGUUCGAGCCAUCCUCCACUUUUAUGAGACUUCUCUUGGCGACAGUUUACGAGAUUUCAUUCUUUACAAUGCUGACGUGCUUCGCGAUCGAUUGCAAUCAAUUGAGUUGAUGAGACCAUGGAAAUAUGAAAAAAAUGUUUCCGAGGAAACUGGCAACAGAGUGGUGGAAACACUGAAAGAGACUUUGGCAUGCUGGGAGCGGAUUGCUACAGAUACACAAGCACAAUCUCUUGCCGACCAGGACCGCACCUACCUCGAACUACUCAAAGCAACUCAUCAAAGAUAUCAGAGCCUGUGUUCUUAUCAAGAAGAAAUGCUACAAAGUGGGAGUUUUUUGCAAGCGGUAGCCGCGGGAGUAUCGAGGAUGCCCUGUGCAAAGACAAUGUUCUUUUGCGACCAGAACCUCGCAGCUUUGCCGCGUAUUUCGUUCCUUCAUUCGCAGGACAUCAAUGAAACACUCUGCGAGUUUAUGCUCCAGCCAAUGAGUUACUACACUGCCAUGCAGUAUGGUUUCACACCGAGGCUCUGCGACUUGAUAACCAAGCUUCCGGUGGCAGUCCAUCAUGCUGGGGCAUGGCUCGGAAGAAUUGACAUCGACUUGUCACAUGUGGACUCUCCUUCAGAUUUAACGCCAAGCCCCGAGCUGCGGCAGCAGCUUCCACUGGCCAUGCAGCGACUGCGCCAGUUCACCAUUAGGUGUACAAACGGGCUCAAUGGAGAAACAAGUCAAGAUGUCCUUAACGACAUGUUUGGAUCGUGUUUAGAUACAGGGAGUCUGCGAGAAAUUUCCAUCGAGAUGCCGCAGAAGAGAGAGCCACAUUCAGACAAGCUGAGUGUCGGUAGGAUCAUCACAUCACGACAUUGGCAGAAUCUAUCUCGAAUAUUUUUACGUGGGGUCGCUUUCCACUUUUCGGAGCUUCAACUCUUCAUCAGCAGGGCCCCCAAGUCGUUUUAUGCAUUGAACGUGGACCGCGUCUAUCUGCUGAGCGGAACGUGGGCCGAUGUUCUGGAUACCUUGCGAGAGAAGCCUCUCAUUGCUCAUGUGCAGCUGGAGGAUCCAUUGGGCGCCGAGUGCGACGACAUGUCGGUUGAAGAGCUGAAGAGAAUAUUUUUCAGAGAAGUUUUUACCCUCAGCCAAGCAGAGCAGUAUAUUUCACGGCUUACCCCUCAAAAUCCUUUGAGAGACCAGGAGGGGUUGGACCACAAUGCUGCCGUCGUGGGAUCGGAGGAUGAAAUGGAGACUGAACUGUAA